CACUUUUACAACUAUAGAGUAGACAUAUAUUUCAAUUGGAUCGCGAUCUCAACUAGUUCUUCGUUCACUACAUGAAUCGAAUUGUGUUCGAAGAAAAUUCUCUCCGACCUGUUGUUUUUCCCUAGUCGGAGAAUCUUUUUCAGGUAAUUUCUAAGCAGGAUCGAUGGAGUGGUCGACGUUGCAGCAUCUGGAUCUCCGGCACGCUGGACGAAGUUCCAAACCUUUGCAACCUCACGCCGCUGCAUUUCACCCCACUCAGGCCCUGGUCGCUGCUGCAAUAGGAAAACAUGUUGUUGAAUUUGAUGCGUACACUGGAAGCAGGAUAGCAAUGAUUGAUAUUGGUGCUCCAGUUGUAAGAAUGGCGUAUAGUCCUAUGGGUGGGCAUUCUUUGAUUGCAAUUCUGGAGGACUGUACUAUACGAUCUUGUGAUUUUGACAGUGAACAAACUUGGGUCUUGCAUUCCCCUGAAAAAAGGACCGAACAAAUUUCAACUGACACAGAAGUGCAUCUUGCUUUGACUCCCCUCUUACCCAUUGUAUUUUUUGGUCUCCACCGCAGAAUGAGUGUAACAGUUGUGGGAACCAUUGAAGGUGGUAGAGCACCAACAAAAAUAAAGACUGAUCUGAAAAAACCCGUUGUUAAUCUUGCUUGCCAUCCUCGUCUUCCUUUCUUGUACGUUGCUUAUGCAGAUGGUUUAAUUCGAGCAUACAAUAUUACUACAUAUGCAGUUCUCUACACAUUACAACUUGACAACACAAUCAAGCUACUUGGUGCUGGUGCAUUUGCAUUCCAUCCAACCUUAGAAUGGUUAUUUAUUGGUGACAGAAAGGGUACUCUUCUUGCAUGGGAUGUCUCCACUGAGAAACCGAUUAUGAUUGGAAUUACACAAAUUGGUUCUCAACCAAUCACAUCGAUUUCUUGGCUCCCAAUGUUGCGGUUACUUGUUACUCUUUCUAAGGAUGGAGUUCUUCAAGUGUGGAAAACACGAGUGACACUUAAUCCUAACAGACCUCCAAUGCAAGCCAAUUUCUUUGAGGCUGCUGCAAUUGAAUCCCUUGAUAUCCCUUCAAUUCUUUCCCAGCAAGGUGGAGAGACAGUUUAUCCUCUUCCACGAAUCAAAGCCAUUGAAACUCACCCAAAAUUGAAUAUAGCAGCAUUACUUUUUGCAAGUGUGGGAGGAGGAGAUAAUCGCAAAAAUAAAGCUUCAUACACUAGGGAAGGAAGGAAACAACUUUUUGCUGUUCUACAAGGCGCAAGGGGUUCUUCAGCCUCUGUUUUGAAGGAAAAGCUUUCCACUCUUGGCUCAUCUGGAAUUUUAGCAGAACAUCAGCUUCAGGCUAAACUUCAAGAACAUAAUUUAAAGGGCUCAAGUCAACUCACAAUAUCAGACAUAGCUCGAAAGGCAUUUCUAUAUAGUCAUUUUAUGGAGAAACAUGCAAAUAAUGCACCAAUAUCUCGGUUGCCUCUCAUCACAAUUGUUGAUAGUAAACACCAUCUGAAAGAUACUCCUGUCUGUCAGCCAUUUCAUCUGGAGUUAAAUUUCUUCUGCAAGGAGAAUCGUGUUCUUCAUUACCCCCUUAGGGCUUUUUAUGCAGAUGGGGCAAAUCUUAUGGCAUAUAAUCUCUGUUCUGGAGUUGAUAACAUCUACAAAAAGCUUUACACUGCAAUUCCUGGAAAUGUAGAAUUCCGUUCAAAAUAUUUGUUUCAUAGCACCAAGCAGCACCUAUUUCUCGCUGUUUAUGAGUUCAGUGGUGCCACAAACGAGGUGGUGCUGUACUGGGAAAACACUGAUAAUCAAGUAGCUAAUAGCAAAGCAAGAACACUCAAGGGCCGAGACGCUGCAUUUAUUGGCCCUAACGAAACUCAAUUUGCGAUUCUUGAUGAGGAUAAGACCGGACUUGCUUUAUAUAUUCUUCCUGGAGGGGCGUCAAAAGAUUUGAAUGGAAAGGAUGGACAAGAGGAAGAAAAUCAAUCUGUUGAAACUGAUGCUGGGUCGAUUAAGGGACCUUUACCGUUCCUAUUUGAAACAGAUAUUGACAGAAUCUUUUCAACCCCAAUAGAAUCUACCGUGAUGUUUGCAUCUCAUGGAGACCAGAUUGGUCUUGCAAGACUAGUUCAAGGCUAUCGUCUUGCAAAUGCUGACGGAUACUAUAUACCAACGAAGGGAGAGGGAAUGAAGUUUAUCAAGUUGAAAGCAAAUGAGAUUGUACUAAAGGUUUGCUGGCAGGAGACUCUUAGAGGCUACGUUGCUGGAGUGAUGACAACUCACAGGGUUCUUAUUGUUUCAGCAGAUCUUACUGUAUUAACAAGCAGCUCCUCAAAAUUUGAUAAAGGACUUCCUUCAUUCCGAUCCCUCCUUUGGGUUGGGCCAGCGCUCCUGUUUUCUACUACAACUGGCAUCAGCAUUCUUGGAUGGGAUGGUAGAGUGAGGACUGUUCUUUCCAUUAGUAUGCCCAAUGCAGUGAUGGUUGGUGCAUUAAACGAUCGAUUGCUCCUUCUUAACCCUACAGAGAUAAAUCCAAGGCAAAAGAAAGGGGUUGAGAUAAAGAGUUGUCUUAUUGGGCUUCUUGAACCCCUUCUUAUUGGAUUUGCCACAAUGCAACAAACCUUUGAGCAGAAAUUGGACUUGUCAGAAAUACUUUACCAAAUAACUUCAAGGUUUGAUAGCCUGCGGAUAACACCAAGAUCACUUGAUAUUCUUUCUAGAGGUUCACCCGUUUGUGGUGACCUUGCAGUAUCAUUGUCCCAAGCAGGUCCUCAAUUCACUCAGGUGUUACGUGGAACCUAUGCGAUCAAAGCUUUGAGAUUCUCGACUGCUUUAUCUGCAUUGAAGGAUGAAUUUGUGCGGUCUAGGGACUAUCCAAAAUGUCCUCCGACUUCUCAUUUGUUUCAUCGGUUUCGCCAGCUGGGAUAUGCAUGUAUCAAGUAUGGUCAGUUUGACAGUGCGAAAGAAACUUUCGAGUUAAUUGCAGAUUAUGAAAGCAUGCUGGACCUAUUUAUAUGCCAUCUAAAUCCUAGUGCAAUGAGAAGACUUGCGCAGAAAUUGGAGGAAGAUGGUGCAGAUCCAGAGUUGAGACGAUACUGCGAAAGAAUAUUAAGAAUUCGCUCUACAGGAUGGACUCAAGGUAUUUUCGCCAAUUUUGCCGCAGAAAGUAUGGUUCCUAAAGGACCAGAAUGGGGUGGUGGCAACUGGGAAAUCAAAACCCCGACCAACUUAAAGUCUAUUCCUCAAUGGGAGCUUGCAGCCGAGGUUGUCCCAUAUAUGAAAACCGACGAAGGUACUAUACCAUCCAUUGUGACAGAUCAUAUUGGCGUUUACUUAGGUCUGAUUAAAGGGAAGGGAAAUGUCGUAGAAGUUAGAGAAGAUAGUUUGGUUAAAUCAUUCAAACCGGUUAACAACAAUCAUACCCUUCUUGGUUCAAUAAUGUCUGAUAAAUCAAUGGGAGCCGGUCCUCUCACCGGCCUUGAAUCUCUCACAAUAGUAAAACCCGUAGACGAACAAGCGAAAGCGGAAGAAGAAUUUAAAAAGUCGUUGUACGGAACUACCUCUGGUGAUGGUAGUAGCAGCGACGAAGAGGGAGGACCCUCUUCGAAAGCUAAGAAAUUCCAAAUCAGAAUUCGGGAUAAACCAACCGCUUCUUCUACUGUGGAUGUCAAUAAGAUUAAAGAAGCUACGAUUAAACUUGCGGAUGCUUUGGGCCCGCCGAUUAUGAGGACGAAGUCUAUGACGACAACUGAAUCUCCCGAUUUCGGACUUCUAGCCAUUCAACCUCGUAUGAAUACUGCCCCGACUGCACCAGGCAAUCUGUUUUUAACUCAACCUGCCCCAAAUCCAGGCUUCGGGGUUGCUGCUGGGCCGAUUCCGGAGGAUUUCUUCCAGAAUACGAUAUCGUCGGAGAAGAUUGCGGCGGCUCUGCCUCCUCCUGGAACUUUCUUAUCGAGAAUGGACAUGAAUAAUCCAGAACGAGUUGAAAACAGAAACGUUUCACCUGCGGUUGAGUUUGGUCUGGCAGAUGGUGGUGUGCCUCCACAAGUAGUUCAACAACAACAACAAUCGGGCUAUGUUGAGUCGAUUGGACUUCCAGACGGUGGGAUCCCACCCCAAGCCCAAGCCCAAGGCAUGCCUCAACUGCCACAGGUUCAGUUUCCAGCUGCUCAGGUUCCGAUAUCAACUCAACAACAACCGCUUGAUCUCAGUGCGCUCGAGGGUCCGGGUUCUGGAAAGCCCCUGCCUCCACGUCCAGAUUCUCCUCCAAAGACUGUGCGUCCAGGCCAGGUACCUCGGGGAGCUGCAGCUCCGUUUUGUUUCAAGACUGGGCUUGCUCAUCUCGAACAAAAUCAACUUUCAGAUGCAUUGUCAUGCUUUGAUGAAGCUUUUCUGGCAUUGGCUAAGGAUCAAUCUCGCGGAGCUGAUAUUAGGGCUCAGGCAACAAUCUGUGCUCAAUAUAAGAUUGCAGUCACUCUGCUUCAGGAAAUCAGUAGACUGCAGAGAGUCCAAGGUCCGAAUGCUAUAAGUGCAAAAGACGAAAUGGCUAGACUUUCACGUCAUCUCGGUUCAUUACCACUUCUAGCAAAGCACCGUAUAAACUGUAUUAGAACCGCCAUUAAACGGAACAUGGAGAUGCAGAAUUACGCAUAUUCAAAGCAGAUGUUAGAACUCCUCCUGUCGAAAGCACCUCCAAACAAGCAAGACGAGUUAAGGAGCCUUGUUGAGAUAUGUUUGCAACGCGGUUUGUCUAACAAAUCGAUUGAUCCUCUAGAAGAUCCUUCUCAAUUCUGCGCUGCUACACUUAGCAGGCUUUCGACUAUAGGGUAUGAUGUUUGUAAUCUCUGUGGGGCUAAAUUCUCGGCUAUUUCGUCUCCCGGUUGUAUUAUAUGUGGUAUGGGAGUCAUUAAGGCGUCGGAUGCAACAAUUGCGGCACCAGUUGUUCCUUCACCUUUCGGUUGAGGAAAAUGAAUUCGGUUUUGUUGGGAGAUUGUUUGUUUUGUUGUUGGUAAUAUACAUUUUUCUCGAGAUCUGUUUGAUUGUUUGUUUGUAAACAAAGGUUUCUAGAAAUCCAUAAUUUUUCAUUUCAGGAUCUUUCAUUCUUUAUCAAACAUUAUAGGAUGAUGAUGUAUAAUGUAAUGUUGUUUGUAUA